AUGCUACCCGCUUUCUGGACAAUAUUCGUCUCUCUCGUGGCUGCGAGCCCAGCCCUUCUGCCAUCACGGCAGACGUCUCCGGACUAUGGGACUGUGAACUUCUUCUGGGACACAGGUUGCACACAGCCUGCUGGAACCGAGUACCCCGAGAACAACGUGGUCAUGCCUGGCCCCGCCGGUGUGGCCAGUAUGGAAUGGGUGCAAGUGACUUGCGUCAGCGCUCUUUGCACAUCCAACCCAACCCUGUUUGCCUGCGCUGAUGAUAAUUGCAAUCAAGCUGGGAUUGUUCGAGUCGGGCAAUGUGCAACUUACCGCACUGGCGUGUGGGCAUUUUGGCAGCGCGAGUCUGCCACAGCUGGGGUCGGGACUGGUACUGGUACACAGCCUGCCCCUGCGCCUGCAAACCCUUUUCCUUUCCCCUUUACCCCUCCCGUGGACACCGAUGGACAAGGCGAUGAUUCCCAGGAAAAUAAUUAA